AUGAAUGAGCUCCACAAUGAGGAACCCGACACCAUACCUCAACCCAGCACCUCCAACUCUCAGGCAUUAAGUCAAGUGGUGCUCCCCGAUUCGGUGGAUCAACAGACUUUACAAGGUUUGUAAGAGUAGUCAUUGGGUCUAUUCUUCCAGAAUUCCUCAUUCAUAUCCAUGGAUUUCUAAAGUUUGCUGGCUUCUCGCAAGUGGCAGAUGAAUUGAGGAGGGAAUUGGAUCGGCGGAGGUUUAUUCCAGCGAGGACUGGCUUCGAUGGACGACCGCAGAAUCAGUCGUUGGAACAAUUUGUAAGUUGUUUUUGAUGUUUUGUUGGCUUUUAGGAAACGAAAUUCCGUAUUCGGAAGAUGAUGCACCUAAAAUAAGGUCGAUCUUCCUCCAAAUUGAUGGAUUCUCAAUUUCAGCUCUCAACCGCUCAGCCAUAUUCUACUGACCUUCUGCAACUUCUCUCCAGAACCAAACAACUAACCAAUGCCACCCUCCCUCCCACUCUGCAGAACUCGAAAGUCCGUUUAUUUACUACAAAAAGGACAAAUUUGGCCAGGAAAGAUUCCCCUCAUGGACAUUUCACCUAUUCGCUUCUCAAUAUGGGUAGACCCAAGCUUCGCCAAUUUCAGAACACAAAGAAUUUGAAUAUUUUGAAUGCUCGUGAGAUGGGGUUGAAGGUCGGAAAGAGGAUUUUGAUGCCAAAGAAUACUUGGGCUAAUCUGGAAGAGCAUGGAAAAUUUCUGGGACAUUUAUCACAAGUGUUCUGUGUUUGCUUUGAUCGGACUGGACGAUAUGUGGUUACGGUAAGUUGUUUGUUUAGUAUGUGGAUUAUUUAUAUAUUGUAGUAUGUUGGCUGAAGUUUUAUUAUGGGAUUAUAUCGAUUUCUAAAGUUUUAUUGAAUAUUGUGUUCAUUUUUAGGGCGGCGAUGACAAGUUAAUCAAAGUCUGGGAUACUGUAACUGGCCUUCUACGGUACACUUUCCGAGGACAUGAAGGCGAGAUUGCGGACCUCUCAAUUAACCUCGAAAACACCUGUCUGGCCAGUGGAUCCACCGAUAAAACAGUCCGAGUGUGGAGUUUAAUGAAUGGGCAGCCGUUGAUGAUCUUCAAAAACCAUAAGGCAUUGAUUAUGGCCAUCCAUUUCCUUCCGUUUUAUGAGGGAAAUGUCCGUUAUUUGGUGUCAUCAAGUUCCGAUUGCAAAGUAGUCUUCUAUAGAUACGAUGCGGACAGCUUGAUCUUCGAGUAGGUUAAAUUUGAAGGUGGUGGGAUUGUUGAGUUUUGAGUUGUGACAAGACUUAUUUUAUCCACGUUUAGAACAACCCCGUAUGAAUUUGAAGAGCGGGCUCUGUCCGGCGCCAAAAUGGUUGCGGCUUCUUACUCGUCUGGCGGCAAUUUUGUGAUCACUGGAGGCACAGAGAAGCUGGUUUACAUAUACAGGCUGACGGCGUAUACGGUGGAAAGAUUAUAUGAAUUCUUCAUUCACAAUGUAAGCUUGUUUUGCAUGUUUUAGUGGGUUUAAGAGUCCGAAAGAGGUCCUUUAAAAUAUGAGAAAACUUUGGGUAAUUAACAUCGGUGAAUUUCAGGACAAAAUCGAGUCUUUGGUAUGGGCAAAUAACAAUUUUUGGUUCGCCAGUGGCUCCAAGGAUGGAACUGCCAAAGUUUGGUCUCUAAAAGGCAAUGAAUGGCUCUCAACGGAACUGGUUUUACCCAAGAAUAUGUAAGGAACAGCUAAAUUAAUAUGUUUUGACAUCAGUUUGUUACCAGAUUUGUAAUGUCAGUACAUCAUCAUUUUUGAAAUGAUUUCAGAGAAGAGCCGAAUCAACCCAUGAACCAAAGUCAGUCUCAAAACACGACAAAUCAAGCGAAAAAAGCGUUCAAAUUGAACAUGUUAUGUUGGUCUUCGGAUGACAGCAAGGUUAUAAGUAUUGGAAACGACUUUUUCCUGCGAGUUUCUGACGCUCGGACGGGAGAACUUCUCAAGAGACUGGAAGGACACACCCAAAACGCCUAUGUGAUCAAGAGCCACCCUGUUUAUAGUGAAGCAAUAGUUUCGGCUGGCCAUGACGGACAAAUCUUGGUAGGUAUCUAG